CACCGCCCUCACCUCGGCCUCGCUAGCCCGCCAGCCCCACUCGGCGGCUCCUCCGCCAGCCGGCGGGGAACUCACGCCCCUCGCGCUCCCCCGGCGCCCGAGGGGGCCGCCUCGGGCCAUGGUGCCCUCCCAGGAGGAUCCCGCCGCCGCGCGGGGGACGAGCGAGGCGCAGCCGCCCGGCCCGGCGCCCCUUGGGGCCGCUCCGCUGCCCGGCCUGGGACCCUCGGACAGCCCCGAGGCGGCGGCGGCCGAGAAGGUGGAAGUAGAGCUGGCGGGGCCGGCGGGCGCCGAGCCCCCCGAGCCCCCUGAGGGCGGCUGGGGCUGGCUUGUGAUGCUGGCGGCCAUGUGGUGCAACGGGUCGGUAUUCGGCAUCCAGAACGCCUGCGGGGUGCUCUUCGUGUCCAUGCUGAAGACCUUCGGGUCCAAGGACGAUGACAAAAUGGUCUUCAAGACAGCAUGGGUAAGUUCUUUGUCCAUGGGGAUGAUUUUCUUUUGCUGCCCAAUAGUCAGCGUCUUCACAGACAUACUUGGUUGUCGGAAAACCGCUGUCAUGGGUGCUGCUUUUGGAUUUGUUGGACUCAUGUCCAGUUCUUUUGUAAGCUCCAUCGAGCCUCUGUAUUUGACCUAUGGAAUCAUAUUUGCUUGUGGCUGCUCCUUCGCCUACCAGCCGUCAUUGGUCAUUUUGGGACACUACUUCAAGAAGCGCCUGGGACUGGUGAAUGGCAUCGUCACUGCCGGCAGCAGUGUCUUCACAAUUUUGCUGCCUUUCCUUUUAAGGGUUCUGACGGACAGCGUGGGCCUCUUUUACACACUGAGGGUCCUCUGCAUCUUCAUGUUUGUUCUCUUUUUGGCUGCCUUUACUUACCGACCUCUUGCUUCCAGUGCCAAAGAGAAAGACAGUGGAACCAAAGGCGGCAACAGAUUCUCCCUCUUUUCCAGGAGAAAAUUCAGUCCUCCAAAAAAAAUUUUCAAUUUUGCCAUCUUCAAGGUGACAGCAUAUGCAGCGUGGGCAGCUGGAAUACCACUUGCACUUUUUGGAUACUUUGUGCCUUAUGUUCACUUGAUGAAACAUGUGAAUGAGAGGUUUCAAGAUGAGAAAAAUAAAGAGGUGGUUCUCAUGUGCAUUGGCAUCACUUCAGGCGUCGGACGGCUGCUCUUCGGCCGGAUUGCAGAUUAUGUGCCUGGUGUGAAGAAAGUUUAUCUACAGGUCCUCUCCUUUUUCUUCAUUGGUCUGAUGUCCAUGAUGAUUCCCCUGUGCAGCGUCUUUGGGGCCCUCAUUGCCGUCUGUCUCAUCAUGGGUCUCUUUGAUGGAUGCUUCAUUUCCAUCAUGGCCCCCAUUGCCUUUGAGUUAGUUGGUGCUCAGGAUGUCUCCCAAGCAAUUGGAUUUCUGCUCGGAUUCAUAUCUAUACCCAUGACUGUGGGCCCACCUGUUGCAGGGUUACUUCGUGACAAGCUGGGCUCCUAUGAUGUGGCAUUCUACCUCGCUGGAAUCCCUCCCCUUAUUGGAGGUGCUGUCCUUUGUUUUAUACCAUGGAUCCACAGUAAGAAGCAAAGAGAGCUCGGUAAAGGCACUGAAGGAGAAAAGAUGGAGAAAAUGUUGGAGAACCAGAACUCUCUGCUGUCGAGCUCAUCUGGAAUCUUUAAGAAAGAAUCUGACUCUGUUAUUUAAUGUCAUAUACCUCCACCAGACUGGACUUGCUUUCAGAAGUUUAAGCAAGUUUUCCUUUUAUAUAAAUUGCAAAUUUCUUAUUUUUUUAAUCACACCUUAGGAAUAGCACGAUAAUCGGGAAAUAGAACCCUUAUUACUACAAGAACCAUUUUCUGCCAUUGAAUAGCUGUCCGAUAUUUCCAUGAGUCUGAGGGUGGAGACUCAGACUCCAGUUUUCAUGUACAAGAAAACAUGUCUGAAAGUCAGAUAUUGUGACGAUAUGAAGCUCUCUCAGUAAAAAGCAACUCUGGAAACUGUGAAUGCUGUUUAGCUUGUACAAAUAUUUUAAAAUACCUCAAGCUAUACAGAAAGGGUUGCAGUUUGGUUAGGACUGGAAAUAUUGUUUGUUGUCUCAUGUGGUGUUUUUCAUUUUGGUAUCUGUUUUAAUUCUUCUGCUAUUUGGGAACUUCUUAACAGUAUUAAGCCUGGAUUCUAGAUACUAUCAGAUCUACUAAACCUCAAGUCUAUGUUAAAAUUACUUCCCUGCUGUUAAGUAAGCUAUGAAAUUAAGUUAUUCAGACUUGCUCCAGUGUCAAGGGACCUUCAUGGAGCAGGUGCUAAUGGUGUAUUCAGAAUCAAUCUGUGAGAUGAACAGGAUCCUGUUCCUAAGGGCAGAGCAGUUCAGAAAUCAGACUUUUCUUCCAUUUAUAUUUUUUCCCUUCGGAUUUGCAGUGUGUUUCACUCAAGCAGCCAGAAACACCCCAAAUUUCUGAAUUUGUUUAAAUUGUAACAAUGAACUAAAAUAGAAUG